AUGGAGCUCCAAGGUGGUAUGGACUCGCACGAAGAUCAGGCUGUUCAACUCCAACGCCAAAUCCACUGGCCCAACACCAUCAGAAACUCAGACCUGUGGCAGCGUACCAACCAACUGCCAACCGAAGAUGAGAUCUGGCGCAGAAGAUGGGGAUGGAUUGGGCACACCCUGAGGAAGCCAGUCAGUAACAUCACCAGACAGGCGCUGUCAUUGAACCCCCAGGGAAAACGAAAAGGAGGACGGCCAAGAAACACCUGGCGACGGGACCUCGAGGCAAACAGCAAGAAACUACUAGAGAGGCCAGCCCAGGACCGAGGACUCUGGCAGACUGUUGUCGGCGGCCUAUGCUUUGGGAGGAGCGAUGGGCAUAACUAA